UCGCCUGUAAUGUUUUUUACUACGUGAUACAUAUUGUGUAUAUGGUUAGGAUUUUGUUAUGCAUUUAUUUGACAAUAAAUACAUAAAAUUAAUCUCUCAGUGAUUUAGGUUUGUUCAUGUAAUAGUAGUUCAGACAGCCUGCUUGUUUGUAAACUAAAUACUGAAAAGAUGAAUGACGGUGACUGGAUAUGCUCUGACACCCAGUGUAGCAAUAUCAAUUUUGCUAGAAGAACAACUUGCAACAGAUGUAGUAAAGAAAAAACAGCUAUACCUCAGCGUAAAAAACUAGGCCAUGAGAUUGGUAAAGCUGCUGCAGAAAAAAGCCGUGGGCUGUUCAGUGCAGAUGACUGGCAGUGUGGCAGAUGUGGCAAUGUAAAUUGGGCUCGAAGGCAACAGUGUAAUAUGUGUAAUGCUCCUAAAUUUGGUGAAGUUGAAGAAAGAACAGGUCUUGGUGGAGGUUAUAAUGAAAGAGAAAAUGUAGAAUAUAUUGAAAGGGAUGAAUCUGAUGGAGAGUAUGAUGAGUUUGGAAGGAAGAAAAAGAAAUAUAGGGGAAAUGACGAAAAGCCAAUAAAAAGUGUUCCCAUCAUAAAAGAAGAAAAACCAAAAGUACUUCCCAGUGUUGGUGAUGAAGAAGACGAUGAGGAAGAUGAUGACGAAGAUGGCGAUCUAUCUAAAUAUGAUCUUACAGGAUGGGGAGAUGAUGAUGAUGAAGAAAAUUCUACAAAGAAGAAUAAACAGUCACCUUCUAGAUCACAUUCUUCUGCGUCUUCAAGAACUGAAAGCUCACGCUCUAGGUCUAGGUCAUCUAGCAGUUCAUCUCGUUCUUCAAAGUCUUCUCAUUCUAGUUCUGAAUCAGAAAAGUCAAAGUCAAAAAAUAAAAGACAUUACUCCAGGUCCAGGUCUGGCUCACCAGUGAACAGGAAAAGAAGUAAAAAAGAAUCUAGUAGUAGCAGGUCCUCUACACCUUCAUCUAAGUCAAGAUCAAGAGACAGGUCAGCUUCAUCUUCUCCAGUUAGCCGAAAAAAGUAGUCAACUUCGGACCAAGUAGCAAGAGUUCAAGCUCUAAGCAGUGGACAAGAGAUCAAGUGCUCUUCUUUAUUGAAAAUGCAUGUGCGUCCCUCUUUUUAUAUCACUUCUUUUUUUUUCUCUCUCUUAAAAAAAUUGAAAAUCUCUUCCUUUUCAGUAUUCUAUUUAAAAGCGUUGCUUACCAAUCCGUAGCCCAUUACAGAGUUAUAUUUAGAACACACAAAUGUACAAUUUCAUCACAAGUUUGCUUCUUCAUAUCAUCCUGAUGCAUGUUUUUCUACAUGCUGAAAAUUUUAAAAUGUACUCCAAUACAAUAAAUUAUACUUUGAA